AUGUGGAUCGGGUGGUUGGAAGAGGUGGAGAAAGCUCGGUUGCUGAGCUUGGCUCUCAAGUUCGGCUUCGACCAUCAGUCCGCCACCAAGUCCUUGGACCGUCUCGUUUCCCUCUACGCCGACAAAGGCCGAGAGUUUAUCACUGUGGAGCACUGUGGCGAUGAUUUUCUAGCAGAACUUGCCGAAACUAUGCAAGAUACUGAGGAUUGGGAUGAUUUGCAAGCUGCGGAAUCAGAAGCUUGUGGAGUUUUGGCUGAUAUGUUUGGCCAAGAUAUCCCUAAUGACGGCGAAUGCAAUGUUGUGCAUGAUGUUAAUAUUAUAGAAGAUUCUCCACAACCUGAGAAAAAUCAAACUUUUCUUGAGGUGGAUUCCUCUACUGACAGUGAAGACGAAGACAAUAUAUUUGGCAGUAAAAUGGGUAGGAAAUCCGCAUGCUAUAUUCCUGACCAAAGUAGUACUGCGAACAAUUCAUCCACUCAACUUCUGGCCAGACGAUCUUUAGAAUACAUGGUAUGCUUCUCCCAUGGACAUAGACAAUACAUGCCAAACCACUUAAAUCACUGUGUCACUGUUAUUUUCUCAUAUAAUUUAUUCUCUCCUUGGUCAUUGGCAAUUUGCUUGUGAUUCUGCACACAGCAAAGGACCUACACAAUGUACAUGUACAAAAGUAUUUAGUAAGUUGCUUAUGAGGCCUCUCAUCCAAUCAAAUGUCCAAUAGACACUCCUAACUUUUGGCAAUUACUUCCACAACCUUCAAGAUCCAAAAUGACAUAUUGGAACUCUUUGGUCUAUAAAAAAGUUGAUUUUAGUUUUGGAUGAUGUACAAAUACCUAUUUUCUCAAAUACUUUGAGAGUAUAGCAGAUCAUUAAAGUGUGGAACUUAGCAAUCCAGCGUCGUUGAAAGGAAUAUUUUGUGUAAACGAAGGCUUGUGGUUUCUUUGUGCACAUUUUUCACUUUCCAUGACAAUCCAUGUCAGAAACUAUUACAGUGCUGAAGAGGCUUAUUUCUGUUGAAGGACCAUAAGAGCACUGUCACUCAAGGUUCAAUAUCGUCAGUUUCAAAUAAAGGACAUUGGUCAGUUUCAAAUAA